ACAUCAGUGUGGUCGAACUGAUCUUGGGCACUGCGAACGACUCGUAGAAGGUUUUUGGCAGUCGGCAUGGUGUCGGCUGAAUCAAGCCAAGCUCGCGCGUCCAUCCAUUCUCGAGGGAAGGCGAAGCCGAGCAGCACUCGUUUCGCCAAUGUGGUAACCUCCCCAGCACCAGAGCGGCUCGCACCGCAACACUUGGGGCGCUCCGAUCCGAAAACUGUACAAAUUGCGGUGGCCCUCACUCCACUCUUCCAGCACGCGAAAUCUCGGCAAGCGCGAAAUCUUUCACUUGCAAGAACCUUCCUCACAUCACGACGCUACUCUUCUUUCUCCCGACUGGCUGGAACGCGCGAAUUGGCAUCACACCACCACUCUUCUCAAAACUAGGUCGAAACACGAACUACUACUCCACCAAGCUAUCAUGAUGGCAGCGUUUGCCGCGCAUCAUUCCCCGUCCCUGCCGACGGUGUUCGUGGUCUGCCUUCUCACGCUCGCCGUCCUCCUUUCUUGCACGCACGCCGACGACGGCGGCGGCGAUGACGCUGCCGAUCUCCUCGGUGCUGGUAUCUUCGCGAGUCACGGCGAGGACGGCAACGGGGACAGCCUCCGAGACCUCUUCUUCCACCAGGAUUUCUCUGAAGACCCAUCUACGACGACGACGGCGACGAUGGAGAGUCCUCCCCAGCGUGACGACGGGCGAAAACUCGCGAUGACCAUCGGCGUUUGCAUCUCGCCGAACGUCCGCUGCCCGGGUCCUCUGGGCCUCGCGUCAUGCUGCUCCCCCUCUCAGCGCUGCUGCAACGGCCGCUGCUGCAACCCGCAAACCACCACCUGCUGCGGCAGCGGUUGCUGCCUGUCGGCACUCAACCCCCUGUGCUGCCAGGUUCGCACGGCUGUGGUCCCUCGCGUGGUCGCGUCCGCCUGCUGCCCGACCCUCGAUAGGUACGGGAAUGCGACGAACAACGUGUGUUGCGGCGGCAGGUGCUGCAAUAAGGGCAAGUGCUGCAACGGCAAGUGCUGUGGCAGGCUCAGCUACUGCUGCAGUGGCACCACGUGCUGCCCGCGGUCAAGAAAGGUCAUGUGCUGCUCUAUCGCUGGGCAGGCUGGGGGAAGCUGCUGCCUGAAGUACAAUAGUUUCGGCAGGCCGACCAACAAUUUUUGCUGCGGGCAAAAGUGUUGCAGGAGGGUCCCAGGAGCGAACGCGAAAUGCUGCGUUGAUACAGCCACCCAGCAGCCGAAAUGCUGCACCCAGUGAACAGUUUGUGUGGAUUGCUACAGUACAGUACAUAGUUGCCUAGGAGGUCUGUGCAGACUAACCUAGUAGUGUGCAUGGAGAAAUAAAGCGCAGGCGGGUGGGGCAGUGGGGCUACGGACGGACGGGCUGGUGAGUAGACGGUUUUGUGCUCCACAUUUUGGUUUGCGUUACAAUUUGCUUGUCAUUUUGCUACCUCAUUUUAGACUUUGUAGUGUUUUAAUUAUGAAUUCCAA